AGGCGACGUUCGGGGACGCGAUCCCCAUGGCGGACGCCGCUAAGGACGAAACCGACCCUCUCGAUCGCAUCGUCCUGCGCUACCUCCAAAAGCGCGGGUACAAGGACGCGGAGAAGGCGCUCAAGUCCGAGGCGAACAUCGCGAGCGUCUCGCAGAUGGCGCUCGUCCCGCACCUCGGCGCGGACGCGACGAUCUCGGACCACAUCCUGUACUACAACGAGGCCGCGGACGGGGACCCGGUCGCGCUCGUGCACGGGUACCGGCUCCUGAGAGACUGGACGCACGCGGCGCUGGACAUGUACAAGCCCGAGCUCCUGCGCAUCCUGUACCCGAUGUUCGUGUACUGCCACCUCGAUCUCGUGUCUCGCGACCACGGCGCCGUCGCGAGAGAGUUCCACCGACGAUUCGGCGACGAUCACCUCCUCCUCCACGGCGACGUCGUGCGAUCCCUCCGCGGGCUCGCGACGCCCGCGCACCUCGCGAAGGAUUCGACCGCGAAGACGCUGCGAGAGAACCGCCUCCCCGUGCGAUGCUGCAAGUACACGUUCGACCUGCUUCUCAAGUAUCUCCACAACGCGAAUCAGAUCGCGUUGCUCGCCGUGCUCAACGCGCACGUCGCGGUGACGGUGACCGUCGGCGACCCGGAGCCGCACGCGGACGAGGAGGAUAUCGUGGCGAGGAACACGAUCACGGGGCAGGGCCCGCCGAGCAAGACGGACGCGUUCAACGCGAGCAAGGAGGGAAGGUGGGGGGUGCUCGUGGACUGCGUGGAGCUGCAGGCGGCGGAUGAGUUCGAGGAGGAGAAGAUUCGAACGGCGAACGCGAAAAAGGAGAGGGAGAGGAAGAGCGGCGGCGGCGGCGGCGGCGAGGGCGGCGAGGGCGAGGACGACGACAAGGAAGGCGGCGGCGAAGAGAAGGAGAAAUCCACGCCGACCAAGUCGAAGAAGAAGGCGGCGGCGGACGCGGCGAAGGAGAAGGAGGAGGCGGAGGCUGCGGAGAAGGAAAAAGGCCCGGAGCUCACCAUCGUCUCGAGCGAGGUCCCCGUGCCGGAGCUGUCGUACGAAGCGCGGUGGGAGUCGAUCGAGGACAUUCGCUACCGCGCGCGGAUCAGCAAAGACGCGCUGCCGUCGUGCGCCUUCUACACGUUCACGCACGCGCACGAGCAUUUAGUCUGCGCGACGACGUCGUCGGACGCCGCGCUCGUCGUCGGCGGGUUCCAAGACUCCGUCGUCAGGGUGUGGGACAUGAACAAGUCCGUUCCGGGCGGGACGGACAAGUACGACACGGACCCCGCGUCGAGAAAGCGGCUGAAGCGCAGGGAGGCGGGGUACGAUCAGCUCCCCGACGGCGACGACGACGACGACGACGACGACGACGAGGAGUUCAAAGAAAAAGGCGGCGGCGGCGACGGCGAAAUACCGGCGAAGGGCACGAAAGUAGCGACGCCGCUGUACUGCAAGGAGUACAUCGGACACUCCUCCGCGGUGCACGCGGUGAGCUUGAGCCCCGGGAACGAGUUCCUGCUCUCGUGCUCGAGGGACUCGACCGUGCGGGCGUGGUCGAUGCAGCUCGAGAUGCCGCUGUGCGCGUACCGGUCGCACAACUACCCGGUCUGGGACGUGAAAUGGGCGCCGACGGGCCAUUACUUCGCGUCCGCGUCGCACGACAAGACCGCGCGCGUGUGGGCGAUGGACGUCGCGACGCCGCGCAGGAUCAUGGUCGGGCAUCUCGCGGACGUGGACGUCGUGACGUGGCACCCGAACUGCAACUACAUCGCCACCGGGUCGUCCGAUCGAACUUUGAGACUGUGGGACGUGUCCACGGGCGAGUGCGUGCGAAUUUUCACCGGGCACCGCGGCGGGAUUCGAUCGAUCGCGAUGUCCCCCGACGGGAAGUCCAUGGCCUCAGGCAGCGACGACGGCGGGAUCCUGACCUGGGACCUCGGCUCCGCCAAGUGCGAACGCGCGUUCGCCGGGCACGCGGGCGCGGUGUAUUCCCUGGAUUACGCCGGCGGAGACGCGACGUUGCUCGCGUCCGGCGGCGCGGACGAGACCGUGCGUCUGUGGGACGUCACGACCGGGAGCGGGAGCGUCGUCGCGGGCGGCGGCGGGACGGCGGGGGGGGGGACGAAGAAACGUGCCGGCGCGGUCAAGACGUUGAGGACGAGAUCGACCCCCGUGUACGCGGUGAAGUUUACGCGACGUAAUUUGUUGAUUGGGAUGGGCGCGAGGGCGCCGCCCAAGUCGCGAGAGGCCGUCGCGUGAGCGCGAAAGCGUACAACUUACUGUACACGGUGUCGAUCGAUUAUAUACACG